AGCUGAAAUUUAUGCUCAAGAUGGCCCUGACAGCCAGUUUGAUGAUAUGCUCAUGGGCCUUAGAGAGCCCAGGCUUUUUCAAUAUAUAUUAUCAGGUUAACAAUUACUAUGGAUCUAGGUAUAAAGAGAGAUCUUCUAAGACAGUUAUAGUCAAUGACUCCCCCUCUCAGAUUAAAUGGGCUCAUGUCUUUGGAGUUGACUAUGAUGGCAACCUCUGGAUUGCUGAUAAAAGCAACCAUGUUGUCAAAUAUAUCGGCCAACAAGUCGGUGCUGUCUAUGUAGUAGCAGGAACAUUUGGAACCUCUGGGUAUUUUGAUGGAAAUGUAGUAAAGUCCUUGUUCAACAAACCUUCUGGUCUUUAUAUUUGGAGAUCAAGUAGUCAUAGCAAAAUAAGGGCUCAAAAUACGAAACCAGUACUGUUUUCAGACUCUGGGGCUAACACAUUUGCAUGUAAAUUUGCUACUAAGGAUAAUUAUACCAUUUGAGGAGGAGAAAUCAUUACGAGUAGUAGGACUAACAACGAUGAGCUUACUCCUAACCAGAAGGAGAAGAUCUCUGAUGAUGAUACUGUUAAUGCAAAGAAUGUCAAAAUGAUUGAUUUUACACUGCCGUCUCAACUAACAGGGUCUGAUGUGGUAGGUACAACUUAUGUAUAUGUUGCUGACACUGGAAAUCACUGUAUUCGAAGAAUUUCAUUAAGAAGCUCCCAUGUUGAUACAGUUGCAGGAAUUUGAGGUACCUCAGGCUUCAAAGAUGGCCCUCUUGACACAAAUCUCUUCAAUUCUCCAGAGCUUGUUUCACUCGAUGCUGAAGGGAACAUAUUCGUCUUUGACGAUGGAAACAGCUACGUUAGAAUGAUAGAUCUCACUGGUACAGUUCAUACACUUUAUCAGGGUGCUUGUGACCUUGCCUACAAUGAGUAUCCGCCAGAAAUUCCUUUUGAUCUCAAACUUAAAACUCUAAUAUGCUAUAAAGAUUGGAAAAAGGUGUACGGAAAGCCUGAUGGACACUAUUAUUCAUCUACGACAACUGAAAAUUUCUGAUAUGAUUUCUACCUCUACUGUGAAGAUAGGCCCAAACACCCUCUGAUACGAAAUGACACUAUCAUUGAAGGAACCUUCUAGAUGCCUCUUGUGUAAUAUUCAAC